CUCGGAUGCGUGGGCCGGCCGAACGUUUGCAUCUGGGAUCUUUUAGGAUGCGCCCCACAAAUGACUAGCGUAGAUCUCAGCAUCUCCAGGGAAUCCCAGCACGGAUCGAGUUAGGUUUGCUUGCCUAUAUUAGCCCACCAUCCUGCCUUUUCUCAUACCUUGGAAAAACACUAAAUUGCAGCUUUAGAAUAGAGAGAAUGGGAAGCGACCUCGUCCAUGUUCUUCUCGUUUCCUUCCCGGCCCAAGGCCACAUAAACCCCUUGCUCAGGUUAGCAAAGAGGUUAGCAUCUAAGGGCCUUUUGGUAACAUUUUCCACCACUGAGGCCAUUGCCCAUAUGAUGCAAAAGGCCAAUAACAACAUCACAGCCACCAACACCCUAACACCCAUAGGCAAAGGCUACCUCAGGUUCGAUUUCUUCUCCGACGGUUGGGAUGUGGACCACCCCCAAAGAAACGACCUAGAUGCAUACAUGGUCCAGCUCAAUUCAGUGGGUCCCACGUCGCUUGCGGAUCUCAUCGAACGGCAGGCUAGCGAGGGCCGCCGGGUGUCAUGUGUCAUCAACAAUCCGUUUUCACCGUGGGUCUUGGAUGUGGCCACUGAUAUGGGCAUCCCCUGUGGAGUGUUGUGGGUGCAGUCGUGCGCCGUCUUCUCCACGUAUUAUCACUAUCUUCAUAAUCUAGCCAAGUUCCCGACCUCAUCUGAGCCGCACAUCAGCGUCCAGUUGCCAGGUAUGCCGUUGCUGAAGGCCGAUGAUUUGCCAUCUUUCCUAUUACCAGGCACUCCUUAUGGCUGCUUAACGGAGUUGAUCUUGGGCCAGUUCAAGAACCUCUCGAAAGCUUCUUGGGUUAUGGUGGAUUCGUUCGACGAGCUUGAGAAUUCCAUCCUUGAGUCCAUAUCCCCCCUUGUGCCUAUCACCCCCAUCGGCCCCCUAUUCAAAUCGAUCGAUACGGAAAGUGAUUCCACCUCCGUCCGUGGCGAUAUGUGGAAAGCCGUAGAUUGCCUAGAGUGGUUAGAUUCCCACUCACCAGCCUCGGUGAUCUAUAUCUCUUUUGGCAGUGUCGUGGUCCUUGGAGGUGACCAAAUGGAAGAGAUGGCCUGGGGACUUCGGAACAGCAAACGUCCAUUCCUGUGGGUGGUGAGACCAACGGAGAAUUCGGCAGACACGCGUCUACCAAAAGGGUUCUUAGAAGAAAUAGAGGGCCAAGGUAAGGUGGUGCAAUGGUGUCCACAGGAUCGUGUGUUAUCGCACCCUUCGAUUGCUUGCUUUGUGACCCACUGUGGUUGGAAUUCGACUAUGGAGAGCCUUAGUUGCGGCAUCCCGAUCAUCGCAUUCCCUCAAUGGGGUGAUCAAAUAACAAAUGCCAAGUUCAUAUCUGAUGUUUACGGAGUCGGCCUACGUUUGGGCCACCCCAAAGGCGGCCCACUAGUCACUAGGGGAGAAGUAGAGCGAUGUGUGGCUGAGAUGACCGACGGUGGGCCCAAAGCCGAAGAAAUCAAGAAGAAUUCCAUGAAGUGGAAGGAGGCCGCGGUAAAGGCGGUCAGCAUAGGUGGAUCUUCGGACAAGAAUAUUCAAGCCAUUGUGGAUGAUGUGAGAGGCAGAGCAGAAAAUCAAAACGGUCCAAAAGCUGAUGUAUGAAGAUGUUAUUACACUGAGAGCGGAUUAGGUGAGACCUCGAAUCCACCUAGGUGGGUGGGAUCCCUGAUUGUGGGCCUCACAGUGAUAUAUGUGCAUUAAAUCCACACCGUCCAACCAUUUUGAAACCUCA